CAGCACCCCUUUUUAGGGGGCCAGGUGUAUCGCGCUUGUUCGGGCUGGGGGCUGAUGGCGUGACGAGAUGCGUGACAGAAGGAAAUGUAUCACGUGACUCUUUCAAUACGUAAGGGACGCUAAACCGGAAUCCUUCGAUAACGAUGAAUAGUUGGAAAGCGUUGGUCCGCUGGAGCUGCAUUUACAAUCAUGUGUGAAAUCGAUCGUGAUAAGGUGCGUAUUGAAUUACAAGCGCUUAGGUUGAUUAAGUAAUUAGCUCAUAAUUAGUGAACUAAGACAUCUAUUCUUCGAUGGCGUGAGAUUCGUUAAAAUUUGGGUCAUUCUGCUGGAGCGCUCAUUCUAUGGAAUUAAUACUAAUCCACUUUCAUCAGUGCGACUUAACAGUCUUUGGUUUUGAAAUGGAAGGAAUUGACUAGACAACGGAGAGCCAUAUGUCGUUGUAACCUGACCGUAAAAAGCAGAAUUUACGACCAAGUGGCGAUAUCAUAGGCACAGAACAUUUGUUUACAUUUUGUUGAAACAAUUCUUCUCAGCCUACUUAGUUAUCCCUCGUUCUUCUAAGACUAUUGGCAAGAUGGACUUAAAAGGCCUUGCCUUAGAGUUUCUUAUUUGCUUUACUUCAAGAUUGUAGCAUGUAGAACUAGCGCUCAUCGGUUUCUACCUUGAAAGACGUGGAAAAUUUACGUUCACAAAUGCAAAAACAAGGGCACCGAAUCUUAUGUAAAUCAUCGAGAGAAAAAAAAAGCAUUUAUUUGUCGAGCCGAAAUUGACAGAAGGCGUGGUCAAUAAAUAACUAAGCCUAACUUGAGCAAAUAAUACUGGAUAUUAGAAUCCAGCUGUCUUCUUCACGUUUAAAAGGGCACCAUUUUUAGAAAAUUGAAUUAUAGUGAAAUGGUAUUUGGCUCACGUAAUAUUGCAGUCUGGGAUUAUAAUCACAAAAUCAGUUGAUAAAGUGAUGUAGGUCUUAAUCUUAUCAUUCUGUAACAAGAAGUUUAAGACAUCUUGGUUUCAAGUUUUCCUUUUUGGUCUUCUCAGAUAGAAACCAUUUCUCUGAAGCUGAGAGCUUCAACAGCUGAUGGGGGACUUACAAUAAAGGACAGAUAUUAUCAUCUAAGAAAAUAUCAUUCUUGCUUUGUGGGUGAGUACCAAUAAUUAUCAUUAGUAUCAAAAUACUACACACGUGAAAAGUCCUUUUUGUGCAUGUUGAUUGGCUAGUUCGGAAGUGAAGCAUAAGCAGUAUUUACCUCUGAGCAGCCAAUGAGACAAAAUCACAUGUCAAGAGUUUAAUAUCUGACCAUUUUUCAAUAUAUUAAAAAAAAAAGAUGAUAUUUGUGUGGUAUAUACUGAAACAGUUACUCACUUGAUAAUUGAUGAAAGUGGUGGUUAUUUACCGUACUGCCUCACAGCUUGGUGAAUAUUAACCAGGUUUCACCACCCCUUCAGUUAAUAAUUUGGUAAUCAUCGUACAUUAGACUUACUAUGAAAAUUCUGAUUGGUUGGGAGCAUUCAGUCAACAAACAUCAACAUAGCAUGUGAAGUUGACAUGAUAACCUAAUGCCUGUGGUAGUCUGGUUCAAAGUCUGCUUAGUUUCCAAGCCCCUUGCCAAUGUCAUGUUCUCAAGCUUUUGCAAACUCAGAGAGAAAUUCUGUUUGUGUUAAAAAAAUGUAAAAUAAAAGAACUAUUGAAUUUCCUUUUCACAUGAUAUCAGGAAUUAUCAACCUUGUGUCUGUUUAAUCUGCCUUAUGCCUGCCAUAUUUCAUGAUAUCAUUCUCAACCUUACCCAAUAAUUUUUAAUUAUACUUAAAGUAUCUACUAUAAGAUACAUCAUGGUGCCUCUCCCCUCCCACCCCGAAUAUAAAUGGAACAAGCAAUGUGAUAAGGAAAUUUAACCCUUUAACUCCCAAGAUCUGAUUGUUCAUUCGUCUUUAAAACUGCUACACAUUUCAUGGGAAUCUUAAGAGGAUAAUUUGGAGUAAUAUCAAGAGGAUAACUUCUACCUGAUAAGUUUGAGUAUUUUCAUUACCUGUUUGCUGGAUAUUUAAAGUAUAUUUGAGGUAAAAGUUACAUGUUAAUCACUACCUAUAAUGUCCUGAGGUCAAUUUCCAAUUAACUACUACCUUAAUAUUUUUGCCAUAAGGUAGUGAAGCAAUUGAUUGGUUUCUUGCAAAUGGAUUUGCAACCACAAGACAGGAAGGUAUUCAGUUAGGCCAGGUGAGUGCUUUUACACACGCUGUGUAAUUCAGGUAGAACAUGUAGUACAUGGUCACCCACAGGGAAUUUUAGGUUGACAACUAAAUUCAGGUUCCAGGUUUGCGACAAAAACGCCAUUUUGUCCAGACAGUCCUAAGAGAGAUUAAGUGCAAUGCUUUGAGGACAUCUGAACUCUGAGUGCUAACAUUGAUUUUGGGGGAUAAACUUGGAAUAAAUUUGACCAGAGAUAGUACUUCAAGGUUUAUUUAAGUGGUUUUACCUUAGGUGGCCAGGUGAAAGGUAAUACAAAAAUGCCAUUGGGACUCAGUUGAGGGUGACCACAACAGUUAAUAGAGGUGAAAAUUUCAGAAUUUAAUAAGUGGAAAUUUGGGGCUUUGACUUACCACAGCUUGAUAUCCUGCCACAGAUACAACUGUAGUCUAGACACUUAAAAGGGAUAUUUAAUUGCCACAUAGGUAGGUAGCCUGCAUGGCAAGUGUAUUUUCUAACAAGGAAGUGCCAAGUAUUCUGGACAGGUGUUGAAACCACAUAAUUGGGUAUGUAAGAUCAAACAAACUGUGAAGGGGAAGAGGGGGGAAGUUUAUAAUUUUUCUGAUCAAUAGUAUAUCCUGUAAGUUAAUUUAUUUGAUGUGUGUAUUUGAAUGUAGACUACAAGCAAUCCCUCCUUUUGCAGCAAAGUUAACCUCUGUGGGGGAGGCUACUUUUUUGCACCUCACUCCUAGAAUUCAGCUUAUCAAUAUUUUUUGCACCUCACUCCUAGAAUUCAGCUUAUCAAUAUUUUUUGCACCUCACUCCUAGAAUUCAGCUUAUCAAUAUUUUUUGCUGUUUUUACUUGUGCCUCAGAAUUCACCAAAAAGAUGGUCUGUUUGUAGUCCUAUUCAUUACCUUUAGGAGUAACUAAGGGUUUUUUUCUCAUAAUUAAGCUACCAUACUCAUAAUAAAACCCUUUCUUAACUACUGCUAGAUCCUUUGUUUUUUAAUUUCACAUGCACAUAUCUUUUAAUUCUAGCAAUUACUAGAUGCUGACUUAGUUCAUCAUGUGGUGGAUGAACAUAACUUUGAAGAUAGGGAAUUGUUCUACAGAUUCCGACAAGAUGGUAAUGAACAAAAUAUAGUGCUUUGUUUUACUGAUGUUUGUAAUCUGUGAAUCAGAAGCAUGAAAAUUAGAAGCUCUCCUUCAAACACUUUAUGAUGGGUACUUAAAUAACCUUCAGUUGGUUACCAAUCAAGAAUUAAAAUACCAAAAAAAACUGGAUCUGUUUGACGGUUGUCCAACACCCCCAAAUUUAAUCGAGUAAUUUAAGGGAGUUAAUGAAUCUACCUAGUGUGAUGUUGAUUCAUGGUUUAGUCGUCUUUUGAUAUAAAACGUCCCUUUUGAGGUGGAAAUGUCAUACAGGAAGUAGAUUCGCAAAGAUGCUUAAAAAGUAUUCCUCUACCAUAGACAAAUGGAGUCAGAUUGGGUAUAUUGGAAAAGUAUGGUCUCCUUAUAGGGAAACUUGCAAUCAUGUUCGAGAGUGUCCUAAAAUUGAAAAUUCUAAUUUAUAAUUAACUCUGGGCUUAAUAAAACUUUGAAAGAUUUCAGCUUGUAUGACAGUCAGAAACACUUGCAACAAUACCUCAUAAAGCUGAGCCUUAAAAGUCCUUGGUUGGUGCCCUAAAAUCAGAUUUUGGUUGUUAGAGAAAAGAUGCGGUGAAUAGAAAAAUGAAAAGUGCACUUUGUGCUCUGUGUCUGUAUAAGAAAGUGACAGAGCAGGAACAUUAUUGUACAAAUAUGUUUAUCUAGCUUUGCCUUUUGACCUUGAAAAUGAAGUAGAAAAUAGAUUACAAAUUGCUGCAUGACAAUUGAACACAGAUUGCCAAAUAAGCAAAUUUUCUCGUAAACCUUGAAAAUUUAAUUCUUUUUGCCAAUUUGAAUGAAAUAGUUGUAGCAUGGAGUGAUGCUCUGAGUUCACCUGACUUCAGCCGACAAGCCCCUUUCUCAUGCCUUAUGCCCUUUUUAAAAACAUGAAGCGGUACUGCUUGCUGAACACGUUUCUAUUGAUGUAUUCUUUGCUCUUUCCCAGAUCCUCCCCAUCUGUCACCAGCUGGUCCGUCUGUGGCCUCACUAAAACAGGACUGUGGCACCAAGUUUGGUUCAGCGCAAAAAAAGGGUCUUCUGAAAUGGUAUCAGGCAUUUUUUGUUCUGAGACCUGGCGAUGAAACACUGUACGAGUUCAGAACUGAUUUGGUAGGAGAAACUUAAAAUUUGAUGAUUGUUUGAUACUUAAUCCUCAUAGCCUGAAAGAGCAAUUGACUUAGAUAUAAAUUUACACGCGAGUAAAGUUCAGUGUAGUAAAAAGCAAUAUUAAUUUACAUUUCAAAAGAGGGCAUGGCUGGAGUUUAUUUUUCCUUCUCUUUAGCAUUCAACACCAACCAAGAAAUAUCCAUUGAAAGAGGCUACCGUGAAGUUAGACCAGUCAACAAAGUUUUGUCUUUCGCUAACGUUUGCUGAUAUCCAGAGGUCGGGUAAGUCACUAUUUUUUUUUUUUUUUACAUCAGCCUUUGUGUGUAGUGUCGUAUGUUGUGGGGAGAACUAAACAAUUUCGGGCACAGCUGUAGUAUACGAGGAUGUACACAGGUUUGUACACACAGCUAGCGUAGUUUAUUUUUCUUUUACUAAAGAAUCUAAAGAAAUUUUAUCCAGUAUCCAGCAAACAAUUUGAAAGCAUCACUAAAAAAAUCUCAGCGGGUAUUUGCAAUCUGUUUGAUAAAGGAACAAUUUUCAUAUGUGGCACUGGAAGAGGCUGUGUCCAUUGGUGAUUAAUGUAGAAUUGUUUUCUCUAUAAACUAGAUUUGCGGCUUGCCUUCACCUCCGACGAAGAGCAGUUGUCGUGGUUAAAAGCUUUCGAGAAGUCAGGAGCAGUCACUGGCCAAACUGAAGAGGUAAGUUAGGGUAAGACAGGAGAGGAGCAGGAAAAAGCAGGGAGGGGAGGGAAGGGGUUGUGCUUGGGAUUCUAAACUCACUAGGGUACCUAUUGGGAACCUUUAGGCAUGCCAAUUUACUCUUUAAGGAGGUAUAUAUGAAUGACAUUUGUUUCAUUUUAGGAGGUGGAGGAUCAAGUAAAGAAUGCUGAGUCCAUCUUUGAGUUUAGUGCCAAAGACAUUGACGGAAAUGAGGUGUCACUUGAAAAAUACGGGUAAGAGAGAAGCAAAAGUCAAGUUUUUUUGUUUUUUUAUGUCCAACUCCAUCUUUUGAAGUGCAUUUGGAGCGUUUGCAUAACACGUUUCAUGACAGGUACACAGAGACAAGAAACUAAUUUGUCCAUGCGCUUUGCAGGGGAUUUGUGACUCUCAUUGUCAAUGUGGCUUCAUUCUGAGGCUUAACACAGAAGAACUACACGCAGCUUGUGGAACUGCACGCCACUUAUGCUGCACGUGGUCUUCGUAUUCUCGGGUUCCCGUGUAACCAGUUUGGAAAACAGGUAUGUCACGUUUUUCAGGUCUUAUUGUUCUUCGGGUAACUCCUCCCCACCCCCCCUCAGACGUGGGCACGCAGGACAAUUCUUUAUCAUCCUUCUUUCCCCCUCCCCACCCCACCCAUCCUAGAGAGAAACAUCUCGCCAGAAAAUGGCGAAUAGUAUUGUUUUUAAAUUACCUCGCUCUUUCUGUGAUUGCUUUAGUAAACUUGCCCCACUCUCUAAACAAAUCCCUAACAAAGCCACUGCAACUUUGUCAGGGCCUUUUCCGCACUUUAGGCUGUUGGCUUGUUUGUCUCUGUGUGUUUACCAGCUCCUCGUGAUAUUUUCCGUCAUUAUGAUUGGUCGUCGUAAUCUCUAUGCUGUUGGCUUACUCAAUCAAAAUGAUAAUGACUCACCUGGGAGGGCCUGGGAACAGGCCCUCACUACUAUUCUAGCGCGGCAGGACGCGCGUAUCUCCACCCGUGGGAAGAUUUGAGACGAGUUAGGUGCGGGUCUGGCACCACUAGUGCCAGACCCCUAGCAGACUUCUCGCCAGUUCGCUUGACGUAAGGACUCAAACUCUAUCGCGGGCUAAGAAACGCUCGUGUCGUAACACUAUUAACCCUUUACACUUUGACAUCUGUAUGCGUAUUCUCCAUUAUGCUCUUUAUACAUUUCCUAAGGCGCUGAAAAGGAGAAUCUGUCUACCAAUCAAAACCUUCUUUUGUUAGUGAUCAUUUCUUUUAUUCUCAUGACCUCAACCUGUGAUUCAGGGGUGAUAUUGUAAGGAGAAAUUUGAUACUAGUCACUCGUAGGGUUUAAAGGGCUAAUGGGUACCUUGCAUGCUAAAUGUUCGGCUGUUCGAGAUCUUUUACCUGUUAUUUUCUAUGAAAGGAGCCUGAUCCAGAGCCUGUAAUAAAGAAGUUUGCCGCGGGAUACGGGGUCCAAUUUGAUAUGUUCUCCAAGAUAAACGUCAAUGGUGCCAACGCCUUGCCGUUGUAUAAAUACCUCAAAAGUAGACUGAAAGGAACUUUGGGAAGGUAAGCAGUAGAGUGAUAUGUUUCCUAUACCUACGUUAGUUUACAGACGUGACCGUCCGAUUACGGACACUUGUGACCUAACGGUUUCGUCCGAUUUCGGAAACGUCUCUUUCCGGACGGUACUGUGCAAUUUCGGACACUUGCGUCCGUUUCCGUACUUUAUCGUCUACUUUCAGAAACUUGCGUCCUGUUUAGGGCGGUGACGAUAGAAACUUGGCGGAGACAAAAUCGGACGCUAGUUUCCGAAAUCAGACCGUACCGUUUGACACCAACAUAAUCACAAAUAGGAUUCCAUGGUGAUUUCAUUUUCCUUUUUUUUGAUGGGUAAAACUGUCUCUGGUUAAAAACUCUAGUUGACUUAAGCUGAUGUUUCUCAAAUGUAUUUGCUUCUCUCUAUUUUUAGCUUUAUCAAGUGGAAUUUUGGAAAGGUAGGUACGGAUCCGGAACUGAUCCUUAUUGAUUAUCACCGGAUAAAAUCCUAAACCAAGAAUAUUUGCAUUCGAUUUGAUUGGCAGUUGGGACUUCUUUGGUUGAUGGUACUCAGUUGAGGUUUACUUUAAGGACACAUUUGCUGAUGCUACAUUCCUUGUCCAUCUCACAAUUCCUGAAUCUGUAUUACAGGUUCGACUACGCCUUGUGUAAUAAAUAAAUUUCUCAUUAACUCCACACAUUGCGUACCUUCAAUAAAGGCCGGUUUGCGGAGGUGUACCGCCACAUAUAAGACCUCUUACCGUCCUCUGUUUAGACGCUCGUGUUUGGGUUUCGCCUACGGCCCCUUUCUUGGCAUACAAUCGGCAGCUGCUUAUGGAAAAAUUUUUAAAACCCUUGUUUUAUUGGACGUGAAGUCAUUUUCAUCAGUCUGCAACUCUGUCUGUUUGCGGUAGAACCAGUUGCAUUUAAAUGUCAGGGUAAUUUAGUAUUAUCGACUGAGUUGAUAACGUAAACUGGUCAUCGUAAAGAGUUCCCAAGCUGACGUUUCGAGCGUCAGCCCUUUGUCAGAGCGAAUGGGAAUCGGACUGAUUCGCUCCAAUGAAGGGCUAACGCUCGGAACGUCAGCUUUGAAACUCUAUAUGGUGACCAAUUUACGUUGUCAGCUCAGUUAAUAAUACCAAAUUACCCUGUAUUACCCUGUUAUCCUCUACAACCGACGCAGCACUCUAGUUUCUUUAGAAACUUACCCCCUUCAUGCAUUAAAAUGUCAGUCAAAUUUGAAACAUUGCGGCAAUACUUUGUUCAUCUCUAAACACCCUUUUAUGGCUCCACAGUUUUUGUGCAACCGAGAUGGCAAACCUGUGAAACGUUAUGCACCUUCAGUUCAGCCAUUGGUGAGUCAAUUUUUUUUUUUUGGGCUAAGGUAAUCAGAAAACCUAUGUUUUUUGUUAUUAUGUCCCUUUGUCUUCAGCUAAGGGGCCAGUCAUAAUUUAUAGGGGGUGGAGGGGGGGGGGCGGAAGAAGGAUUUUGGGAAGAUUACAUGCUUUUCAGGGGGGGCCGAGAGUAGAGGGGAGAUCAGACACCGCCAACAGAAUACAAAGAUGGGACUAGAGAAAGUUGAUUGUCAAUGAACUGCCCACGAAGAAACUGGGGGGGGGGGAGGGGAAAGGAUCAUAAGAAAAUUAAAGAGUCUGGUGGGGGAUCAGGUAAAUCGUAUUUUGAUACAACCAAAAUCCUCUGAUUCCUCCCCCCCCCCCGGUUUAUUAAGGUAAACGCUCUGUACACUCAUAUCUUACUUGAUUGUUCUUACAGGACAUCGCGAAGGACAUUGAGGCUCUUUUAUAACUUAUUUCCAAGAAAAUCCAUAGAAUAUAUAUAAAUGUUAGGUUCAAAUGAACAGUAGAGUUUUAUGGUAAACAUUUUAGUCAUGAGAUUAAUUUUACGUCGAAAUAAGUUAUGAUGAACAGUUUCCAUUCGGCACGAGGAUGUGCUCGAAAAUUUUUUGUGGACAUUAUGUGGUCCGAAAAGCCCCGAGGAAAACUUAGCUUCGAGGAACAGAUAUUGUACCAGUAUAAAUAUCCUUGCAUAUUUUCAAGCUAAGUGGAGGCUUUGUGCUUAUUAUCCUUCAAAUAUUAUUCGUAGCGUGCGGAAUGAAACGUAUGUAAUCAGCUUACUGUCGAAAACAGAUGUUGACUUUUAUAGCAACUUUAUAACCUCCAGUUUAUUUUCUUCUUUGGAAACUGUACCAACACUCUCUCUCUAAACUUGAUUCCACCUUUAGAGAAAGACUGUUAUCGCAUUGGAGGUAACGUUUGACAAUUGGAGAAAUAUCACCGGAUAUUGCCCAGGUUUUUGGUUAAGCGUUUCAAACCAAUCGCCCACGAGCGGAAAUAUUUGAUGGAUAAUAGAAGAAUUGAUCAAGAUUAUAAUGAUGAUGAACUGAACCAAUGAUUGGACGAGUCACUGAUUUGCUCACCAACUGAUUGACUUUUUAAAAUGACCCAAUUUGUGUCUGUCUGACCGAUCAACGUCUGCCUGGUUUAGGGAUUGUGAUUGGCUGCCGCUAAUAGAAUGGUCACGUGGGUUACCAGCAAACUGACUGGUGGUUUCGCUGACUGGCUUACUAUGUGACCUACUGACUGAGUGAUUUACUUACCGACCAACUGACUGACUGUGUGACGUACUGACUAACUGUGACGUACUAAGUGUGUGACAUACUGACUAAGUGAUUUACCUACCGAUCAACUGACUGACUGACUGACUGAGACUGACUGACUCUUAAACAUAAUUUAGGCGAGACUACAAAUACCACUCCGACUUAACAACAGAAAGAUACCAUUUGCAUAGUAGAACCUUACAUAAGAAAAGAUCUAUCAAAAUGGAAAAUGUAAUGGCAGAGAUAGACGUAUUUAAAACGCAGAUUACUUUGUAUUUGAUUUGCUUAUUAUUUUGUUAUUUAUUAGAAUUAUUUGUUGAGAUCAUUAUAUAUCAUUAUUAUUUCAUCAUUUUGUUCUAUAUUUUUUCUUUAAAUCCAAGUGGUCUUGAAGUAGACUAGAUUGUUAACCUCUUUUAUGACGACCAACCUCAAAACCACUUUGGUGUGGCCUGGUUAC